AUGUCUGAAGAUGACCGCGCGGCCAAGGCAGCGAGAGCGAAGGCCCUGCUAAAGAAGAGACAGCAGAAGAAAGCAGCUGGAACACCGGCGACAGACUCGCAGUCCGUCAGCAGUCCCCCCUCGUCGCGGCCAUUUACACCACAACUCUCUGACCAACCACCAUCAUCUGAGCCGAGCACCAGCCCGCCCGUUGGCGCGGAUACUCAAUUUCGGGACCCAGCAAGCUUGUUUGGCGAUGCUCCUGACGGAGACGACUCUUGGAUAAGAGCACUAUCGCGGGUAGACCCACCUGCGCCUCAGCUACCGACCGACGUCACAAGCCCUUCUCAUACUUCCACGUCGCCUCGACUUUCGAAUGGCUCUGGACAUCACGACGACAAAUUUGUGAAGGCACUGGAGGCUGAAAGAGACACUCUGCGCUCAGAAAUAGAACGGUUGACUGGUGUGCGAUUAGAACUCCAAGAGACAGGCUCCAGGCUCCAGGAUUCGGAGUCCAAGCUUGCCAAAGAACAAGAGCGGUCGAAUGCUUUGGAAGCUCAACUCCAACGGGCGCAGUCUGAGAAGGACGCGGCUGUGGGCAUCCAACAGAGUCAACAGCAGACUAUUUCACUUUUGGUAUCCGAGAAAGCAUCUCUCACAUCCGAUUUGGAACUACUUAGUGAAGUACAACAAAAUGCUCGCGAGUCCGCUGCUCAGCUAGCCGCGGAAAAGGCUAGAGGCGAUGCUCUCGCCGAUCGCGUUCGUCAACUGGCAGCCAAGGUCCUCGAGGUCUCGCAGCAAGUUGCUGAGUAUGAAAGCAAAGAGAAGGACCUCUCGGAGCGGUGCCGCGAUCAAGAACGGGAACUUCAGCUUGCAAAUGGGAAAAUAAAGCAACAUGAAGCCGAGUCGGCCCAACACCAGCAACGAGUUCGCGAUCUGGAAGAGCAGAUUCAAAGCGAUGACCGAGCUGAAAGGUUGGAGGAGUCACUGCAGAAUACACGCGACCGGGCGGAUGAGCUUGAGCUGAAACUAACCAAAUUGAAACAGUCUCAUCAAAAUCUGACGUCCGACCGCAACGAGCUUGCAUCUCAGCUGGACACUGCACGGGACGUAGAGGCGAAGUCCAGAUCGAGGAUUGCCGAACUGGAAGAACAUCAGCAAGCCCUGCAGACUCAACUCCAUGCUGUAACUGCGGAGAAGGAAGCAGUACAAAAAGAAAGCGCCGAGCUGCAGAGUCAAGUCAGCUCCCACCAGGUCGCCACCAGGAGUCUGCAGGACAAAUUCGAAUCGGCCACGAAGGAGCUCGCGAGGCUAUCUCAUGAACUGGGGACUACGCAAACCGAGCUACGGAAUGCAAUACGUCGGGCCGAGGAUGCGGAGCGAACACAGGCCGACCUCCAGACUGAGGGAACCAAUCUCAUGCGCUCCUUGGACGAGAUGCGCCCCAAGAUCGUUGAGCUCACGGGCGUCAAGCUGGAACUUGGCGAACAGAUCGAGAGUUUGGAGCGUACCUUGAAGAUGCGGGACUCGACUAUCAACGAACUUGAAUCUGAGCUAGACCAAUUACGAGAGGAGAAUGAAGAGGUCACUAAGAAAUUGCAAUCUGCCCUCACGCUCCAAGAAAAGGACCAGUCUCAAUCUCAGGCUGGCCUAGCGGAUCUGCAAAAGGCCUACUCGGACGUACAGGCUGAACUAGAGUCUGCCAUGGCCAGUGUUCGCUCCCUGGAGUCAGAAAGGAGUAGUCACCACCAGGAAGCUACGCAUCGAUUGGACGUCAUCAACGAUCUUAAGAAAACGUCAAAGGAACAGGCGGACAAAAUCGUGUCCCUGCGGCGUGAGUUGGACGAACAAUUGGCUGAGCAGGACGAGAACCAGGACCUUUUGGAUCGCAUCCAGGGUGAACUAGAAGCUCUACGUGACGAAUUGACUCACAAGGACGAAGAAAUCGAGCGUCUGCGCCAGAAUUCGUCUCCGACCAAGUCCAACGAUCCCCAUUCUCUCGACUAUGAAAUAGUUGACUCACUACGGCAGCAGCACGCCCUUGAACUCUCGACUGCCCAAUCCACUAUCAGAGCUUUGGAGGACUCUGCUUUCGAGGCUCAGUCGAGAGCUCACGCCCUCCAAAAGCAGGUGGUUGCACUGGAGGAGCAAGUUGCAGCCCAACGGUCGACAUCAAGAACUAGCGGGCAAAGACCGUUCUCCCCCGUCAAUGGUGUACCUUCACGACCUUCUAGUCGCGGACACGGGCACCGGUCCACGAGCAGUUUAUCCGCGCCGCCAAUAACGCGAUCCGUUUUUGAACAACACCUCAGUCCAGAAACACUUCACAAACGCAAAGUUAGCUUGUCUAUGCUGAAAGCUCGCAUUGAGAGUGAAACCGCUGCGACUUCACAUCCACCUUCAAGAACCAUGUCCCCCAUACCCGACAAUAUGUCAGAGCCCUACGAUGAUCACGACCACCACCAUCAUGCUCACCACCAGCACUCUGAUUCUCUCCCACAUAACAGAUCACACUUCCUCGAUGAAUCCCACGUAUUCUGGUGUCAUUCAUGUAGCGGUGAUCUGGUGGUGCUAUGA